UUCAAGUGGCAACGUUAGAAAAGAAAAAGUCAACAUGGAGGUUGAAAACGUCGACGACGCUCAUGUGCACAAACGAAAUAUUUCUCAGAUCAAAAACAAGAAAAGGAGGCUCGAAGAGUACCUGAAGCUUAAACGAGCAAAGCAAAAGCUCAAGCGGCAAGCGCAGAAAAAACGUCGAAAGGAAGCUGAAGCCCUUGGUGAAAAUGCACCUCCAAAGCAGACACCGCGUACCAUUGAAAACACCAGGGAACCAGAUGACACCAUGGUACAGGCAGACGACGAAGAGGUUCAGCUGGAUGAAGCAAUGGACGAAAUGGCUGCCUACUUCCGAAAGGAGUAUGUCCCCAAGCUGCUUAUUACCACAAGUGACAACCCACACACACGAACCAUCAAGUUCUGCCGCGAACUCAAGCAGAGCAUACCCAAUGCUGAUUUCCGGUGGCGCAAUCGUUCGCGGAUCAAGAAGACUGUCGAGCACGCCAUUGCACGCGGAUACUCGGAUAUUGCCGUGAUCAAUGAAGACCGCAGGCAUCCCAAUGGACUCCUCCUGACACACUUACCCGAUGGGCCAACUGCAUACUUCAGGAUAAGCAACAUAAAGUUUUGCAAGGACAUCAAGGGUCGUGCUGCCUACAGUGCACACCGUCCGGAAGUGAUUCUGAACAACUUCAACACAAGGCUGGGCCACUCCGUCGCACGAAUGCUCGCAUCACUGUUCCACUAUGACCCCCAGUUCCAAGGGCGUCGGGUCGUCACCUUUCACAACCAGAGAGACUACAUCUUCUUCCGGCACCACAGGUACGAGUUCAGGAAUGCAGAGAAAGUGAGCAUCCAGGAAAUAGGGCCCCGGUUCACACUGCGGCUCAAGAGCCUACAGAAAGGAACGUUCGACUCCAAGUUCGGAGAGUACGAGUGGGUGCUUAAGAGACACGAAAUGGAGACCAGCAGAAGAAGAUUCUUCCUGUAAUCAAGACUGCCACAAGUGCAAAUGCUAUCAUCAUCACUGUCCAAGUCCUCUGUAGUGAUCGGUCCAUGCCAGUGCACAUAAGUCAUAUCCGAGAUGUGCUGAUCGGCCAGAACAUGACUAGUGAUUUCUUGGAACCAUCGCGUUAUGAACCUUGUUCUCUCAGACUUGAUGCAACCUCCUCAGUCGCACUGAAUGCAGAAUAACAAAAAGGUGUUCUGAAGAGUC